AUCGAUCGCGUGAAUCAGCUCUAGUGCGCGGGUUUUAGAAGCUUAUUUCUUCGGUUUGGACAUGUCCCGUUUUGCCACUGGAUUUCCUUCCUGUGAAUCAUGGCUUGAGCGUGGAGAGGCCGAUUUCAGUCAGUAAAGCACAUGGAACCAUAUGCGCCCCGAGCGCGACAGCGUUAACCGGUGUAACGCGCACUCCAUGUCAUUUUCGCAUAUCGUAACUUGUUCGCAUUUAAAUAGAGAACAUAUAUUUUUUUAAAUUGUUUUAAGGAUACUAAAGUUACUAAGUGUUGUACAGAUAUUAUGGAGUUAUCACUUGUUUUCUUGGCGUUAUCGAUGUUUUUUAAAACGUCAUCGUGUGUAUUUUGCUACGUAUGUAAUCCAGAGCAAACAUAUGACGGGUCAUUAUUAUGCAAAGACUUUGACGGUAGCGAGAAAUUCUUAGAAGACUGUGAACAUUCAACCAUGUGUUUCAAAAGAGAGACCACACUUAGAAUUGGCAAUGGAAUGACGUCGUCCACAAUACAGAGAGCUUGUGCAUCGCAAACUCUUGACGGCGACCAAGCAAGAAUAAACGGUAAGUGGCAGAAGGUGAACACGAUAUAUGAAGUCUACGAAGAAACGUGCAAGGAAGACUAUGACUCAGACAGACCUACGAAAACAAUCAAUUGCUAUUGCCGGGGCAAUCUGUGUAACGCGUCUAACGUAAACUUAAUCAAUUUAACAACUAUGAUAUUAUUUAUUAUUGUAUAUUUAAUUAGUUAAUGCAAAUGCAUCCGAUAAAAUUAAAACAAAUGUUUAACGACCCAAAUAUGAUGAGAGCUUCAAAAUUAAACUCCUGCCAUUUAAAAUACGAUAUAUAUAUAAGGCUUUAGCCUUGAUACGAUUUUAAAACUUGAAUAAAAGCAUUUCGAACAAAGAAACAAAAAGCAUUCACCGAUCGUUAAUUCGUUAAAAUAUUGUCAUUCCAAAGAAAAGUAAAAUAUUUUAUUAUUAUUAUUUUUAAUUAAUUAAAUAUCACUAGUCAUAAUUUAAUAAUUAUGUGAUUUUUAAAUCACAUUUAUACUUACUGCCAUUAUAAUUAUUAUUUAGUAAAUAGUUAUUCUAUGUAAGUACUUCUUGAAAUAUACACCAAUAGCAUUAAGAUGUGAACAAAGUUCACGGCAUAGUCUAUUUUACAUAUUCUUUUCAUUCAAUUUUAUAAAAUUUACUAAAUUAUUAAGCUAUUGUGCAUUUUAUACAAUUUUUAUUAGGCUAAAUAUAAUAGUGUACAAAAGAAAUGACAAAAUAGCUUUGUACAAAGUACUAAGUAGCGAUUUAAAGGUAUAAACAAUGUUGUUUUUUUUGUAAUAAUGGUUUUGCACUUUAUAUACAUGCUAUUUUAAGGUUAUUGACCUCAAAAAUAAAAAAAAACAAGCUUUUGCUUAAGCUAUAUAGUAUUUCAAUUUCGAUUAUUUGACUAACAC